CCACACAGCAGAGCCCGGGGCCAGAGGGACACACGGACACAGGCUCCCGCCAGCGUGGACAAGGCUGGCCAAGGAUGGUGACAGCCAGGACCCUGGGCAUCCUGUUUCUCCCACUCCUCCUGCUCCGGGCCUCAGGUAUGAAAACUUCUAGGAACGUGGAGCAACCAAGGAAUGUCUGCCUGGGGCUCAUCAACGAGGGCAAGUAUGAAUCCUUCCACCUGGGGAACACAGCUGACUGCUUCACAAAGUGCAGGCAGUCAGGGAAUGAGCCCUGUGACCCAGAAAGCUUACAGAGAUACUGGCUGAAAUACGAGUUCUAUCUGGUGGAGAAUCAGACGAAGAUAGUGAAUAUGUCUUUUGUGAAGGCUGUUGUCCAGAAUGUCAGCACCAACAUCUCAGAAGACCUGCUCUUCUCCCUGACCCCUUCCCAGGUUCCGAGGCCAGUGACAGAGAAUGAGCAUGAGCACCCCGACAGAGUCCGGCUGCCCCGGAGUCUCUUUGAAUCCCUGCAGGGCAGCAGGCCAGUGGUCCGGCUGGCCAUCACUGUCCUGGACAUCGGUCCAGGGAAUCUCUUCAAGGGCCCCAAGCUCAGCCUGGAGGACGGUAGCAGCGUGUUGAACAAUCGCCUGGUGGGCUUGAGUUUGGGCAAUAUGUCCGUCAGCAGGCUGGCCGAGCCUUUGGAGAUCACCUUCUCCCACCAGCGCCCGCCCUCUAACAUGACCUUCAGCUGUGUAUUCUGGGAUGCGACUAAAGGGCCGACAGGAGACUGGUCUUCCACGGGCUGUUCCACAGAGCUCAGCACCAAGAGGACUGUCUGCCGCUGUGACCACCUGACCUUCUUCGCUUUGCUGCUGAGGCCGAUCUUGGACCAGGCUACGGUGCAGGACCUCGUUCGCAUUUCCCAGGCGGGCUGUGGAGCCUCUAUGAUCUUCCUGGCCUUCACUGUUGUCCUCUACGCUGCCCUGAGGUUCUACCGGCAGCGGUUCAAGUCAGAAGAUGCCCCCAAGGUGCAUGUGGCCCUGAGUGUUAGCCUGUUUCUCCUGAAUCUAACCUUCUUCAUCAACAUUGGCCAUGGCCCUGAGCAGUCAGAUGCCACCUGCUGGCCCCGGGGGGCCAUCUUCCACUAUUUCCUACUCUGUACCUUCACCUGGAUGGGUCUGGAAGCCUUCCACCUCUACCUGCUCGUCAUCAAGGUCUUCAACACCUACUUUGGGCACUACUUCCUGAAGCUGAGCCUUGUGGGCUGGGGCCUGCCUGCUCUGAUCGUCAUUGGCACCGGGAGCGCCAAUAGCUAUGGCCACUAUGCCAUCCGCGACAAGAAGAACAUGGUCACGCUGGAGCUGUGCUGGUUCCAUGAGAAGACCAAUGUCGCUGCCUUCUAUGUCACUGUCCACGGCUACUUCAUCAUCAUCUCCCUCUUCAGCGCCGUGGUCCUGGGCCUGGUGGCCUGGAAGAUCUUCACUCUGCCGACUGCCACGGCAGGCAAGGAGCAGGGGCCGAACUGGAAGGGGGUCCUCACUGUGCUGAGCCUCUCGAGCCUGGUGGGUGUGACCUGGUGGCUGGCCAUCCUCACACCCCUGGGCCGAUCCACUAUCUAUGUCUUCGCGCUCUUCAACUCCCUGCAAGGCGUCUUCAUCUUCUGCUGGUUCGCCGUGCUCUACUUCCCAAGCCGGACCGCAGUGUCCUCAUCUUCUGGCACUGCCAGAGCUGACCAGGUCCACACCACGUCUCACGAAUAGGGGGCCUCCGUGUGCUCAGGCUGGGAGCCGGCCGCACGUUCUGGACUCUGCUCCGAUUCCCUGUGUGAACUCAGGCUGCUCCUUGCCUCCUUCCAGGCUUCAGUCUCUAUGUUUGUGCCAUGUGGCUGGGGAAGGGAGAAGAUGGGGACCAGUUUGGACCACCUGGCCUCAGUGGUUCUGUCCAGAUACCUCUCUGAGUCCUAAAGUCCACUGAUCCAGGACUCUAGGAGUCUGAAGACCACUGACAGCAUAGAGCGGUGCCCCCCGCUGCACCCCUACCCGCACCCCCGCCUCCUCCCUUCAUAGCAGAGCAGCUUAUCUCUGCCAUUGGCCAUCUCUGGUCUUAGUAACAGGGGACUCUGCUGUCAGAGCUGCCCCUGGAAGGAAUCCCAGCCUCUCCCCUUCCUUCCUCUUGCCACAACUGUCUUCAGGCACUGGGGCAGUUGUGGACUAGAGGUGUGGGCCUGUCUACGCAGAUGAGCCCCCCCACCCCCGCCACAGGGGGCCGCCCACCCUCCAGGUGUCCAGGGACACGGAAUUUCACAGAAUGCCACUUAUUCAGUAGUGGGUGUGAGGCCAGAAGCAAGCUCCCCUCCCCACCCUGACCUCUGAUCUGCUGUCAUGUGGGGUGGGGGGCAAAUGGCCCAGAGCUCUGCACACCUGAGGGCCAAGGGGCAGGGCAGGGGUGAGGGCUGGACUGAGCCGAGGGAGGGCAGGCAUUUCCCCCAGAUUCUGAGCUCCUACAAGCAGGCACAUCAGCCUCACUCACAGGUUCAGCCCAGCGUGGGCCUGCACGUUUCAGGCCCCAAAUAAAUGUCUGUUGGCUGAGGAGA